AUGGCGACCUUGACUGUGGCUUGCUCUAACAAAGGACCGAAAUCGACGGCUAGAUCCGAAAGCGAGAUACGACAAGAAGCCGAAGAGAGAUCCGAGACGAUCUAUACCUCUUAUGACACCCUGCAAAAAAUACUGGAGCGCCACGAGGCCACUAUCUCGAAGAGAUGGUUGAAGCGAACACGCCAGCAGAGACUCAAAGUCCUGCUCGAGGCUUGGCCAGAUAUGCCUGCCGUUCAUCGUCCCGACCUCGAUACCUGGCGUAAAGGGGCGUAUAACCCUAAACGAGCGAGGCCCCCGCGGUGCCGUGACUGCUUUAUGUGGCCAUAUAUCAAUCAGGAGGACCUGGUGAGCCCCAAAGCCCUGUUGUUGCUUCUCAACUCCCGAGGCCGUAAUCCACCGUCAAGCUUUGCGGCGGCAGACAUUGACGCGAUGCAGUUUGGGCUGGUGAGCCGGGCGCUUGAUCUGGACACCCUGCCUGAUCAUCAGAUGGCUCUGAACGGGUUCGUUGACAACAAUCGCCAGUAUGGCGAGCUUGUCACCUGUCAUGAUGAUCAUGAUAAAACGUUCGCGUCCUGGUCACUCAAGCAAUUCAUGCCCGGGGAAGGCCUUCUGGUUUUAAGAGCCCAAGCGAGAUUGUUGACCUUUCUCGUGCAGUGCUGCCGCCAGCUACUUUCAGAUAUUCCCGUGGACAACUUCGACUCGUUCCCCAUCCUUCCUCCGCCACUAACCCAAUCGGAGACUGAGCUAAGCGGCUUUGAAUCUCUGAGAUUGAUGGCCGCAGAAGCUCCCUAUCGUGUGCCUGCACAACUCGACCUUAGUCGCAUCGCGUCGCUCCUUGCAGCCCGCACCUCCGCGGCUGAAGACCACCAAUGGUCCCUACGCGAAGACCCCGACUAUUUCGCCAGCGUCGUGCUCGAUAUGGCUGAGCAUGCCCCAGAAAUGUUGAAGGAUCUGCAGGGCCGCGACCAUCCCGAUUCAAGGGGCAGCCGGAAGAACAUAAUCUGGGCGCGGGUUUUGGCGUGCGUGGUUUGCGACGCCUUCUUGAAAGUCGAGACCUUUAACGAGCUGAGCCAGCAAGCUCGGGCCCUGGUAUCCCUGCAGCACCAAUAUGCAAGCCAGAUUUCACCAUCCCAGAGUCUGCCCGAGGAGUUCUUGACGGCUUUGCUGCGAUUUCGCCACGAUCUGGGCAAGGCAGUCCACGAUCCCCUGAAACUGCUCCGAAUGACCUUCCGUUCCUCCCCGCCCUUCCGUCGAUUCUUCAUGCGCGCACCACCAUCCGAUCCGCUCUCUUCACAGUUUAAAGUUGAAGAAAGACCGGGGGUCAAACCCACGGCAGUGGAGAAGAAGUUGCUCUGGCUGCUUGGCAAGGCGUUCGAUAACGGGAUGGUGUUGGUACUGGCCGGGGUGCCGUUGCUCAUGGAUGAGCUCGAACGCCUGCUCGACAAUGAGCCAGGGGCACGAGGUAUGAUCACCCCCUUUCUGGCAGGCGUCAUCAGCGACCUCUCGAUCCUUGCGCACCCAUGGUAUCGGAUCGUUGCCGGGAUCGAUAAAGCGCUGCCUGUGACGAUAGUCGCCAGUCGUGCCGUCGCUCUAGGAGACCCGUCUGGAGGAAAGUUCGCCUAUCCGAUCGACAAGCGCCGAACCAAGGAGCACGUGAAGACACUGCGGCAGGCGGAGGCCAGGCUGGAUGCUUUCUGGGAGGUGAUUGACAAGGUUAUCGGGGCCAGGGUGCAAGGCACUGUAUCGCAAAAGGUCUUUCCGUCCCAAUCGCGAAGUCUGCACCGGACACCAGAAUGGGAGGAGCCCUCACCUCGACCUCAGCCGCAGCUCGCGCCGCGGCCGAAAAACGAGGGUAUCGAUCCGUACCCCUCGUUUGAGGCUGUAGCACCGACCCGUGCCGAAGACAAUAGCACAGCUCAGCCACCAAAGAUCAAGGUCAAGACUCGCGGAACAGCACGGCCCGUCUCCACACAGGAGGAACACGACGCUGAAGCGCCCCCGGAACCCAUCGGUGCAGAGAUCCAGCCAAAGUUCGCCGUGGAUGCGCGCUCCCUCAAGGUCUUUCGGGGUCUGUUUCAUGACCCAGAGGUUACGUCGACGCCGGGUGAGAUGCGUUGGACUGACUUUCUUCAUGCCAUCAGUUCGAUCGGUUUCGCGAGCAUCAAACUCUACGGCUCUGUCUGCAUCCAGUUCCAUGAACCACACCCUCACGGAAAGUUGUCCUAUACCGCCGCUCGGCGGAUUGGUCGUCGGCUGACUAGGGCAUAUGGCUGGCAUGGGGACAUGUUUGUCUUGGCUGAGUGA